AUGGAUGCAGGAUCCGGAGUACGCCCGAGGACUUCAGGAACGAAGCUGAAACCACACAGCAAAACAGGGACUGCCUUCAUUCAAACCCAGCAGCUCCAUACAGCCAUGGCUGACACCUUCUUGGAACAUAUGUGCCGCCUGGACAUUGACUCCACACCCAUCAUGGCCCGCAACACUGGCGUCAUUUGUACUACUGCUCCUGCUUCCCAGUCUGUGGAGAUGCUGAAGGUGAUGAUCAAGUCAGGAAUGAACGUGGCUUGUCUCAAUUUCUCUCAUGGAACUCAUGAGUACCAUGCAGAAACUAUCAAGAACGUGCAUGCAGCCCCAGAAAGCUUCGCUUCUGAUCCCAUUCUUUACCAGCCUGAUGCUGUGGCUCUAGGCACAAAGGGGCCUGAGAUCCGGACUGGACUCAAAGGCAGCAGCACUGCAGAAGUGAAGCUGAAGAAGGGAGCCACCCUGAAGAUCACCGUGGACAGUGCCUACAUGGAAAAGUGUGACGAGAACAUCCUGUGGCUGGAUUAUAAGAACAUCUAUAAGGUGGUGGAAGUGGGCAUCAAGAUCGACGUAGAUGAUGGGCUUAUUUCACUAUAGGUGAAGGAGAAAGGCGCUGACUUCCUGGUGACAAAGGUGGAGAAUGGUGGCUCGUUGGGCAGCAAGAAGGGGGUGAACCUCCCUGGAGCCACUGUGGACCUCCCUGCUGUGUCACAAAAGGACAUUCGGGACCUGAAGUUUGGGGUGGAGCAGGAUGUAGACAUGGUGUUUGCGUCUUUCAUCUGCAAGGCCGCUGAUGUUCACGAGGUUAGGAAGGUCCUGGGAGAGAAGGGCAAGAACAUCAAGAUCAUCAGCAAAAUCGAGAACCACGAAGAUGUCCUCAGGUUUGAUGAGAUGUUGGAGGUCAGUGAUGGGAUCACGGUGGCUCAUGGUUACUUGGGCAUUGAGAUUCCUGCAGAGCAGAUCUUCCUGGCUCAGAAGAUGAUGAUUGGACGAUGCAACCGAGCUGGGAAGCCUGUCAUAAGUGCCACACAGAUGAUGGAGAGCAUGAUCAAGAAGCCCCACCCCACCCGUGCUGAGGGCAGUGAUAUGGCCAAUGAAGUCCUAGAUGGAGCAGACUGCAUCAAGCUGUCAGGAGAAACCGCCAAAGGGGACCACCCUCUGGUGGCAGUUGGCAUACAGCACCUGAUUGCCCAUGAGGCAGAGUCUGCCAUCUACUACCUGCAGUUAUUUGAAGAACUUCGCCGUCUGGCACCUAAUACCAGCGACCCCACAGAAGCUGCUGCCGUGGGUGCUGUGGAGGCCUCUUUCAAGUGCUGCAAUGGGGCCAUUAUCGUGCUCACCAAGUCUGGCAGGAGUGCUCACCAGGUGGCCAGGUACCGCCCACGUGCUCCCAACAUUGCUGUGAUGCACAAUCCCCAGACAGCUCGCCAGGCACAUUUGUACCAUGGCAUCUUCCCUGUUCUGUGUAAGGAUGCAGUACAGGACGCCUGGGCUGAGGAUGUAGACCUCCGUGUGAAUUUGGCCAUGAAUGUUGGCAAGGCCCGAGACUUCUUCAAUAAGGAGAUUGUGGUCAUUGUGUUGACUGGGUGGAGCCCUGGCUCUGACUUCACCAACACCAUGCGUGUAGUGCCUCAGUCUUGA